AUGAGCGUGUUGGAGGUAAAGUUCGUCGGGGAUGGAGAUGUUCUGGAGCACAUCGUCGACAAACAGGAGGAGUUGCAGAGCAGUGCUGGAGCAAUACAGAAGAUGGUCACCUUUAAGAAACCGGUGGGACCGCGAGCAAGAGAUGAUUCACAAGUGAUGGAAGGAGAUGAAAAUGGCGUCCACGAUGAGCAGAAUUACGUUCACGCUUUUUGUGCAGACAGUGCAGAAGAUGACGAGGAUACAUCUAGAGUUGCAGGAUCGGCUAUUUUCACUUUUCAGAAGAGCAAACGGGGCCACAGCCUAGCGCAGACUGCAAAUGAGUUGGCACGGACCCCAGGGAAAAGUGUGAGCUUUAGUAGUACUUCUAACAAUGAAGCAUCCACGCCCACUCGGACACGUCGCAACCAGAGAGGUGAAAACCGAACACCCCAGAGGCGCAAAAGGGUGCAGUUUGUCUCUACAACACCCCACAGGCUAAGGAAGAGAAUGACAACUCCCAGUCUUCGAUCAGACAGCGACAGUGAGCUUUCACCCUCUGACUCUGGGGAAGAGGAAGAAGAAGGAGAUGAUGAUGAUGAAGUCAUUGUUGAUGAAGAGCAGAAAGUGAAGAAAGAUGACCGAGAGAACAAGACCCCAAAAACGCCUUGUAAAGGUUUAUCAGCAGCACUUUACAAGACCCCUGCCAAAAAGGGCAAGCGCACUCCCGAACCAAUCGCCCAAACUGCAAUGGUUGAGGAGUAUUUCGAGGCCCAUGGCAGCUCAAAGGUCUUGACAUCAGAUCGCACGCUGGAUCGUUUACACACACCAAAACUAGACCGGGAGAGACUUUUCCAACUCUUAGAAGAAAAACCUUCCUGCUACAUCAGAGAGAUCCAGCAACUCCAUAACAAACACAAAAUGCACUUUAGCAAAUGGAUGUUACAGUUACAGUUGGGAUUCAGUGUGCUGCUGUACGGUUUGGGAAGCAAGAUAGAGCUGCUGGAGGAAUUUCGUUCUUCUUACUUGUCUCAAGAGAUACAUCUUGUGAUAAACGGAUUCUUCCCUUCCAUUACACUGAAAUCGAUCUUGAACACUUUGAUAUGUGAGGUUCUUGAGCACCAGGGGAGUUUCCGAACACCAUCUGACCAAAUUCAGUACAUCUCACAAACCCUUAAGAACGAUCGCCAUGUCUACUUGUUAAUCAAUAAUAUUGAUGGACCAAUGCUGCGAGGAGAGAAGACUCAGAGUGCCCUGGGACAGCUGGCUUCACUGCCCAACAUUCACUUGGUGGCUACUAUUGACCACAUCAACGCUCCUCUCGUGUGGGACCAGUUCAAACAGAGCCAAUUUAAUUGGGUGUGGUGGGAGUGUGUAACAUUUAAGCACUACACAGAGGAGACAUCUUAUGAAAAUUCUCUGCUGGUGCAGCAAACAGGGGCUCUGGCUCUGUCCUCUCUUACACAUGUCCUUCGCAGCUUGACCCCAAAUGCACGAGGAAUUUUCAAACUACUUGUGAAAUUUCAGCUGGAAAACAAAGACAAUCCUUCAUAUACAGGAUUGUCAUUCCAAGAUUUUUACCAGCGUUGUCGCGAGUCGUUCUUGGUGAACUCUGACCUCACACUUAGGACCCAGUUGACAGAGUUCAAAGACCACAAACUGAUACGGACACGCAAGGGUGCAGAUGGCGUGGAGUACCUGUUAGUUGCCGUGAAUGCAAGCACACUGUUGGACUACUUGGAAAAUGAGGAAGGUGACUGA